AAAAUGAAUGAAGAUGUGUCUGAUCCCCACCCAAAUAUCAAUCAUGUUGACCUCUCUUUGAAGCCAAGUAUGGAUGCAGAUGAUGAUCAGCAUCAGAAGAAGAAGAAGAAGAAGAAGUACGAUGUUCUUAUCAGUUUCAGAGGAGAAGAUACCAGCAAAACUAUUACUAGUCAUCUUGAUAAUGCACUCAAGGAAAGAGGGACUGAAACGUACAUUGACUAUAAACUUGAGAGAGGAGAAGAGAUUUCCAAAGCUCUUUUGGAUGCCAUUGAGGACUCCAAAUGCUCUGUAGUUAUUUUCUCCAAAAAUUAUGCUACUUCGUCGUGGUGCUUGGAUGAGCUUGAGCAUAUUAUCCAAUGUAAGAAAGAGCAGAUGCAAAUUGUUCUGCCCGUGUUUUAUAAUGUUGAUCCAAUUAAUGUGCGCAGUCAGAAAGAAAGUUAUGCAGAUGCGUUUGUGAAACUUGAACAGCGUUUCCCUGAUACCAAAACACAAAAAUGGAGGAGUGCUCUAACUGAAGCAGCUCAUCUUUCUGGAUGGCACAUUUCAGAAAAGGACAACAGGAAUGAUGCUGACUUAGUUGACGAAAUUGUCAAACAUAUUAGAGGGAAAUUGAAAACUCCAUCUUCAAUUGAUUAUUUAGAGAAAGGCUUAGUUGGAAUCAAUGAGCGUAUUGAUGAUCUCGACAAAUUGUUAGCAAAAGCUUCCAAGGUAGGAAUUUGUGGCAUGGGUGGGCUGGGUAAGACCACCCUAGCUGAAGUUGUAUUCGAACGGUCUCAUCAUCAAUUUGAUCAUGGGUGCAUUUUAAAAGAUGUUCGAGAACAAAUCGAAAAAAAAUGGAUCAAAUUAUAUGGAAAUAGAUUUUGUCAAAAGACUAUCAAAGGAAGAAAUUGGAGAUUUGGAUGAUGCAAAAAAGAAAAUGCUAAGUCAGAAAAAGUUGCUGUUAGUUCUUGAUGAUGUGGAUAACUUGGAACAUUAUGAAGCUUUGCUUAAAGAUGAACGUGAUUGAUUAAACUCUGAAAGUAAAGUUAUCAUAACAAGCAGAGAUAAACAAGUACUUCGAAAUAUUGUUAGAGGCAACGAAAACAUAUACGACUUACAGAUACUAAAUGAAGAAGAAGCUCUUAAACUCUUCUUGUUG